AGGACGCGACUCCUGGCGCUCUUUGAAAUUUUUUGCUUUUUGUCGGCUCUUUCGAACUUGGUGCAGGUAAUAGAGGAGUGAAUUUUGUUGUGAGAUCGAGCGAAUCGGUUUUUGUUUGCCUCGUCGUGGCAGUGAUCUCGAUUUUUUCCACGCAUCGGCAGUGUACCCAUACCGAUCCGAGGGGCUUACAUGCCCAAGAUCAAGAAUAAACCAUGCAAGCCACCAGCAUCACGUGUCAACGGCUUCAACAACAGCAAUUCCUUAGACAACAUCCCGAGCGCCUUACCAUCUAAAGAAGAAUCGAGCUGUAUACCUAUACACAUACCGCAAUCAUCCCUCUCCUCCUCAAAUACAUUGUGUACAACGUAUACUUCAAUUAAGGAGGAGAUCACCGUCAGCGCGUGUCCACGAUUUGGAUCUUAUAAAUAAAAAGAUCAUGUCCCGGAUCCUCGUUUCCGGAGCUCUGUACCUCGGCAUAGUGGCACUCGGCGUGGCCAGCGGGCAGAACUGCGGCGAGGACAAAGUACGAAAAUGCAUCUCGAUAGCCGAGCCGAUGCUCAAGGAUCCCCAUCUGAUAUUUCCCGACAACAUGAAGGACAUAAACAACGUGUGCAGAACGUGGUCAAACUUCGUGGAUUGCAUCAGGCGCUACAUAGACAAGUGCUUCUCCAAAGUACGAAAGGACCAAUUUAACUCGGCGGUCGAGCCACCUAUCGCUUCCGUGCACCAGAUGUGCUCCGUAUCCUCCUAUCAAGCGGAGUACCUGCAGUACGCGGGCUGUAUCAAGUCGACGGUCAUCGAGCCGUCACACUGCGGUGGCCACUACACCGUCCUCGUCUCCGAAGUGUCGCAGGAGAACGUCCGCAAACCCUAUCUCUGCUGCGCCUACCACAACUUCCGUUCCUGCGUGAUCCGGAAAACUCAGCUGAGGUGCGACAACAACCAGCCGGAGGGCAUAGCCGCGAAAUUCUCCCGGCAAGUGUUGGACAAAGCCUUCCGUUUUCUGCAGGACCAGUGCCUGAACUACAUCCCCGACCCAACCAAGUGCAUCGCGAUGUUGGCCCAGGGGACGAGCAGCGGGGGCAACAAGUCGUCGAGCACGAUGUCGAUCAGCCGACUGGGCGAGGGCAGGAGCGUGGAACCGACGGCAAGUUCGAGCACCUCGCGUCUGGGCUCCCACCGGAGUGGCAAAGCCAACAGCGACAUCUACAGCACCGCAGCCCAAGCUAACACGGCGAGGUCCUCCACUGUGUACGAGGCAGCGGCUCGGGCCCCCAGCUACGCGACCAAUGUGGACGCGGGGCGCACGAGCAUCAGUUCGCAACAGCAGCAAAUGCCCGUGACUUCCGGUGGGGGUCGUGCCUCGUCGCUGGGGACGCAGCAGCGGCAAACCAGCAAAACCGGUAAGGUCAAUGACGAGCUCUUUGGACCGGAUGAGGGCGCGAGCCGGAAAACGCCGGAACCCACGCAUUACACGGCUUCCAUCGUCGAGAAUUCUGUGCCGAUUUAUCCGGUCACCCAGAGAUCGGCAAACUACGGCAGGGGUAUAUCGUGGUCGGCGCCGGUGGCGCCCUCGACCUCGGCAAUACCCGACUGGGCCACCAAUACCUGGUUGACUUACACUCAGGAUUUCACGACGGAGGAGAUUUACCCGGCCGCGGGGAGCUUCGGCGGGAACAACAUCGACGAGCCCAAUCAGCAGGGACUGUCGAGAAAUAACGGCCGGUCCAACGUUGUUUGCUCCGCAGUGCUUUUGUACAGUAUCGUUUUGCGCGCGAUUGCGCUUUUAACCAAUCGAGAGUACCUCAUAUGUACAGCCUUUACUAUGUGAUUGUAUACAUUUUUAGUCAACAAUAAUAUAUAUGCAUCACGUAUUUGUACACUUGAUGCGAAGAAACAAAAAUGAUAAAAGAGUUUAUAGCUUUAUAACCAUACAAAUAUACAUAUAUAUAUACACGUAAAAUAUUAAUGUACGCGUAUAAUAUUGUAAAUCGUUAUGCGUGAUUCUUGAGAGGAAUAACGUAAUAGUUAAGAUUGGGUAAUGUUUGUUGUUCGUUUUAAUGGACAA